AUGUUAGUUGAUUCCAUUAAUCUAGCAUUGAACUAAAUUCUGCACUUUAAGGCUGAUUCCGGUUGGUCCUUUGGCCAGCUUCACCAACAAAAGACUGAUGGACCUCACUUAACACUCCUUGGGCAGGCCGCAACAUUCGAGGUUGAUGCCAAUUCUACUUGUAAUAGCCUCCCCAUCACCUCUUCAUCGCCGAGACCUGUCACCUCCGUUGCUAACAAUGUAUCAUUACCCCCGCCCGAUUCAACCUAUUUGGCCGAAUUUAAAAGCUCCGGGAUGGAACCUGGUCUUGAAACUUCAGCGAGCAUCAUAUCGAUGACUACGAACCUCUCAGACCAUGCUUUCACUCCUAAGCCUCCGGUUGACACAAAUGUCUCAGUCUCAGGGUAA